AUGGCUGGCGAGGACCGCGAGUGGCGGAGCAGCAUCCUCUACAACAUGCUGCUGGGCUCCCAGCCCAAGCACGAGGCUCGCGACGAGCCCGGGGAGCGGCCCGAGAGCACUUGCUCGGGCUGCCCCUGCGGCAACGACGAGCCCCCGGUGGGCAGAGGGGGCUUGCGGGGGUUGCCGCCCGACGCCUUCCUGUACCGCUGCUGCGAGUGCGGCGAGCAGCACCCGCGCCAGGGCAGCAUCCUCUACAACAUGCUCCUGAGGGCCAAGGAGAUGCAGGCGGCCGCGGCAGUGCCCAAAGCGCGCGUCGGGGGCCCCUGCUGGGGCUGCUCCUGCGGCAGCAACGGGCCGCCGGUGAGCCGGGAGGGACUUUCGGCUGGCCGCUCCUCGGCGCGCGUGUACCGCUGCUGCUUCUGCGGCGAAGAUCACCCCCGCCAAGGCAGCAUCCUCUACAGCUUGCUCACCAGUACCGUGCAAACGCACGUGGCUCCGGUGGCGCCCCGGGCGCGGCUGGCGAGCGCGUGGUGGGGCCGCUACUACUGCGCGCAGAAUGCGAGCGGCAGGUACGCGCUGCCCGGCGUGCAGACGGGGGUGCUGCUGUACCCCUGCUACUUCUGCGGCGAAGACCACACGCGGCAGGGCGGCAUCCCCUACCACCUGCCCGUGAGAGCCUCGGAGAUGCCCCUGGCGCUGGCGGAGCCGCAGGGGAGGCGCUGGUGGGCUCCGGCCACCUUCGCGCCCCGCCGGGUGACUCUGCUGAGUCCACAGGUGGUGUGCGAGGCCGCCUCGGCCGGCCUGCUGAAGACCAUCCGCUUCGUCAAGUACCUGCCCUGCUUCCAGGUGCUGCCCCUGGACCAGCAGCUGGUGCUGGUGCGCAGCAGCUGGGCGCUGCUGCUCAUGCUGGAGCUGGCGCAGGACCACCUGAACUUUGAGACGGUGGAGACGCCGGAGGGCAACCUGCUGCAGAAACUCCUCGCCGCCAGGCGGCGGGAGGCCGUAGGAGACGAGCUCGAGCCCCGGGUAGAGGCUGAGCGCUCGCCCUCGGCCGCCGCCGCCGAAGUCCAGACCCUGAAGGGUUUUCUGACCAAGUGCUGGAGUCUCGGGAUCACCACCAAGGAGUACGCGUACCUCAAGGGAAUCGUGCUCUUCAACCCGGACCUGCCAGGCCUGAGCUGCGUGAAAUACAUUCAGGGACUUCAGUGGGGAACGCAGCAGAUCCUCAGUGAACACAUCCAGAUGACAUACGGGGAGCACCAUCCCAGAUUCGCUGAACUGAACAGCACCCUUUUCCUGCUGAGGUUCAUCAGUGCUGAUGUCAUUGCUGAGUUGUUCCUCAGGCCCAUCAUUGGCACAGUUAGCAUGGAUGAUAUGAUUCUGGAAAUGCUCUGUGCAAAGUUAUGAAGGCCUUGAGGCCAUGCAGAUGUAGUUCAUUGUGCAGAAAAUGAAUAGCGCUUUGUGUAGAAGUGUGUAGUAUAGAAUAAACUUUCGUAUUUUUACAUGCAUAGUAUUUUUGUAUUGCAUAGAGGAAAAGCUCUAGUAAUAGUGAAAAAAGCCUGUGUUCUAUAUUGUUUCAUUGUAUAAGGAAAACAUUUGCUAACAGUUAACAGUUCUAUAGAUCCCUAAUGA